UUUCUUCAUUUUCUAUCUUUCUAUCUGUCCCUUUUGAUCAACCCAAUAAUCUAAUAACCCAGUAACUCCGAUACUUGAAAUAAUUCAAAGAUCAGGGAGGUUCACUCUUUAUCAUUCACUUUGAAGACGCUUGAUAUUCUAUAAAGGUUCAUUAUGGCCAUUCCGUCCGACGCAGUAAAGCCUACCCUUACCAGCGACCAAGUCAAGGUCCUGAUCGCUAUUGUAGACACCUUCAUCCCUGAAUUAACCGGUCAGGAACUCGAAAAUUUUGUUCGGGACUAUUCUGAUGGGACAAAUGAAGAAGCUUUACGUGCCUUUGCCAAAGCAGGGAUCGUGAAUCAAAACCUCGCUGAUACCAUCGUUGAAAAGAUUCAUUCACUUCCACCCGAGAAAAUUGAAGAACUCGGCACAGUUUUCAAGCUUCUUUCCACAAAACUCGGAACGUUGGCUCUAGGAGGCACUUAUGGAGAUUUUCCGUCUCUUUCAAGAGAGCAGCGCACCCAAAUUGUGCUUUCGUGGUCUAACAGCAUGAUCACCAAGUUCCGUAUCCUUUCACGUGCCAUGUGUAGCUUGGCUGCCGUCACCUUUUAUUCUUCCCCCCUUGAGGCCGUUCACCGUGGUAUUGGUUAUCCAGGCCCUGACCCUCAGAUGCACUCGGAGCGCUACUCAGCAAAGACAUUUCCUUCGUACGACUUUAUUGAAGUACCACCAGAGGGACUUGAGCUCACAUUCGAUGUCGUCGUUGUCGGUUCAGGUGCAGGUGGUGGAGUUGCUGCUGCUGAGUUGGCUAAGGCUGGCAAGAGCGUCUUGGUGAUUGAGAAAGGCCAUUGCUAUGCUCAGAGCGAGCUGACUCUUGAUCAAGCUGAUGCUUUUCAGAAGUUGUAUGAGAAUGGCGGAUCAUUGGCGAACCACGAUGGAGCCAUCACAAUUCUUGCCGGCAAUACAUGGGGCGGUGGAACGACCGUCAACUGGUGCGCAUCCUUACAGCUCCCAUACUAUGUCCGUGAAGAAUGGGCCAAGCUAGGUCUACCCCACUUUGUAUCUCCAGCUUACCAACAAUCGAUUGAUACGAUUAUCGAACGUCUACACGUCACGGACAAGUUCAUUGAGCAUAACCGUCCUAACGCUCUUUUAUUGGAGGGUUGCCGCCGACUUGGCUAUCCUACUGGGAAUAUUCCUCAAAACACUGGUGGUCAUAAGCACUCUUGCGGUUGGUGUGGGUUCGGAUGUCGCUUUGGUGAGAAACAAGGAACCUUAAUGACCUUUUUGGUUGACGCCAAGAAUCAUGGAGCACAGUUCAUGCAGGAUACAUUUGUUGAACAUGUUCUGAUCCAAAAGGGUAAGGCUGUGGGUGUUGUUGCUUACCAAAACGGGCGAAAGAUUACAGUCCAUGCAGAAAAGGUCGUAGUCUCGGCUGGUUCAAUUCACACACCUGCGAUUCUGCAACGAAGUGGACUCAAGAAUAAGCAUAUCGGACGUCACUUACAUCUCCAUCCUGUCAACUAUGUCUUUGGCAAGUUUGAUGAGAAGAUUGAGUGUUACCAAGGUUCAAUUAUGACUGCUAUUACGACUGUAGCUGAAAACACGGAUGGAAAAGGAUAUGGGUCCAAGAUUGAGGUUCCAUCAAACCACCCCGCAUUAAACUCUGUCUUCCUUAAAUGGAGAAAUGCCGCUGAUCAUAAGCGUCGGAUGAUGGAAAUGAACCACAUCAUGCCUCUCCUUGUACUUUGCCGCGAUCGGGAGGGAGGCUUUAUUAGUAUUGGCUCCGACGGACUACCACGCAUUAAUUACAGUCUCUCAAAGCACGACGCUGUUUCAAUCGAAGAGGGAAUUGAUCGUUGUCUCCGUAUUCUAGUUGCCGCUGGCGCCAAAUCCGUCUGGACCACGCAUCGUGAUCUCGAGCCAUUCGAUGUUAAUCCCGAGUUGGGAUAUGAUGACCCCGCUUUCAAGAAGUAUUUAGCGCAGGUCAAGAAGAUUGGUGUUAGUGCCCAUACCACAAAUAUUGGCUCAGCACAUCAAAUGGGAACUUGUCGCAUGGGAGGCAGCCCCAGCAAAUCGGCUCUUAAGCCUACAGGAGAGACCUGGGAGGUCAAGAAUCUGUAUGUGGCUGAUGCUUCCGCCUUCCCUACAGCCAGUGGUGUUAAUCCCAUGUUGACAACUUACUCACUGUCGCACUCGAUCGCCCAAUUCAUCAAGAAGUCGUAUGAGACCACUUCCAAGCUUUAAACAUUAUUGAUCUUUAGAAUAGACAUAAUAUCAGAAAGGUGGCAACAUAAAGUAUUUUUAUUCUAU